AGCCGUCAAAGUUAAAAAAGCUUCGUUUUUUAAACUCUCAGAUUGAUUUCAGUUGAAGUCCCUGAGAAAAGCUUGAGCCUGCGAGUUUCAUGGAAGAAGAAGCUUCGAACGCAGCGUUGCCAGGCGGCUUCCUCGAUUUUCUGAAAGCGAAUGGUUUAGACCCUUCCAUUUAUGCCGAGAGUCAUUCGACCCCUCGUUACAUAAGGCUAAAGCCUGGUUGCGAAGCUCAAAUUGAAGAAAUUGAAGGUGAAAUCAAGUGCAAGCUUGAAAAAGUGGAUUGGCUGCCUGGCUUUUGUGCUCUUCCUCCCGACGUUCAAAUCGCUAACUCAAAUGCAUACAGAGAAGGGAAGAUGUAUGGAAUCGAUGCGGCGUCUGGAGCUGCUGUUUCAGCAUUGAAUAUCUCAGCUGGAGAUCAUGUUCUUGAUCUUUGUGCUGCUCCUGGUGCUAAGCUUUGUCUGAUAUUGGACAUUCUUGGUGAUUCUGGUUCUGUAACUGGUGUUGAUGUUUCAAGCCAUCGUUUAGCGGCUUGUAGGACAAUGUUGCAGAAAUAUGCAUUGGGCAAUCACUGCCGACUAUUUGUUGCUGAUGGGACAACCUUUUCCCUCGUGCCCAUGAGAAUUCAUUCCGAUCCAAAAUCAUGUGAAUCUGCUUUGGAAGAAAAUGUGACAUUCAAGGAGUGGACAUCUCGGAGACCAUGGAAAGAAAGGAAAAAAGCAGCUAGGGUAAGAAAAAGUGGCGCUGUGCAUUCAGGAAAUCAACUUCCAGAGCUCAUUUAUUAUGGUCGCCACUCUGGUGUGGUUGGACUGAAUAAAAGUGAAUUGUACCAAACAUUUCGUGACAGUGAGCUUUUGAGCUGUGGCUAUGACAAGGUCCUAGUGGAUGCAGAAUGCACUCAUGAUGGAUCAAUUAAACAUGUCCAAAAGUUUGAACAUUGGGGAUGGGAAACUCUUCAACGACGUGUAUUGGAUGCAGAGAGAAGUGAUAGCCUCACUGUGCUUCAGUUAAAGCUCCUAACCAAUGGUUUUAGAUUGCUAAAAGCUGGGGGACUUCUUGUUUAUAGCACUUGCAGCUUGACAGUUGCUCAGAAUGAAGACGUCGUAAAGCAGUUUCUUGAGGAAAAUCCGUUUGCUGAGUUGCAGGCGAUAGAUGGUGCUGAAAAUUGGCCAAGCAAGAACGGACAACUACCAAAUACCCUGCGCUUUGAUCCCUUGACUUCAAAAACUAGUGGACUUUUUGUUGCAAAGUUCUCAAAAUUGGCCAUUUAAUCUGGUUUUAGAUGUUCAAGAGCCCGAGUAAUAGUCCAUGUCAAUGUCAAGUGGCAUGGGGGGGUUAGACAUCUUUGAUGGCACUUCGGGCGUUAUCUUUGUGAUGGAAUAUAUUUGUACCUCAUCGACUCUUUUUAUAUUCUUUUAA